UCUUGCCUCAAAGGAUGGGGUGAGCUAGAAAUGUGUCAAAGGUGACGAUCCAUUCUCUUGCCAGGUCGAAUAUUCCGAGUAAAACCUCUUCCGCGAGAAUCUGUCUAGAGACACAACCAAAUGGUUUUUGAGAUGACCAUUACACUGACCCCGGCAAGUUGUGCUGCCUGCUCACUAGGAUUCGACUUUUAUGCUAGAUGCCAUGUCGCUUCGCUUGACGAGUGUAUGCAGACCUUUCCAUGGCUAUUUGAGGUUUUGGGUCUCACCCAUGUUACGCCUACUGUUUUCGAUUAUCUGGUGAAAAAUUGCUUGCAUGUCUAUUGGUUCGGUAAUGGCAGGGGAAUCCAUGCUGUGAAUCUGCAAUGCCGCUAUGUAGUGUAACGCAGGUAGGCUUCCUCGUCACGUAAUGAGACUCUUAGCACAAUGCGC